AUGUCGCACGACGAUAAGAUCAUGUUAUCGCUGUAUUACCGGUGGGCGAUACAGGCACUCUCCGCCUUCCGGUUCAUGCAUGCUAGAUCCAUGUGCAUUGGGUUCUUCUCAUCGCAACUCGUGUGGAUACGCCCGGACUUCUCGCUCGCAGUGGGUGGUUUCAUCAGCGCUAGUGCACAGGAGAUAGAGGAUGAGCUCUGGAAAGAUACUGAUGAAGAUACUAAAGCGGCCCGACGAGAGGCUAGCUUCAUAGAUGAAAAUGGGCGAGAGAUAGAGAGCACCGCUAGCUGCGGUUGGGACGAGGGUGAGUGGGCAGCGGACGACAUGAUAUAUGAUAUGGUACAUCAUGAGGAUCCUUUUGAUGAAAGUUACUACACAGGAGGUGUACAAGGAAGUGUAAAGGCAGACCUCUUCUACUGGGCUACAUUCGUCUGGCGACUCAUGACGAACGACUUCACUGCUGUAUCGCCAUCGCGUCGUGGGCCUUUUCGUGGACUAUGGGAGCCUGCAUGGCCCAUGGAAGGAGGCUACAAAAUCGAAGACUCGCCAAAUAUAUCCAACAUUAUCGAUGAGAGAGAACGGCGCAAACUUUUCCAGCAGCUAGAGAGAGCUAGAUUGGGACAUGUCCUGGUUGGCGCUUGGAAUAAUCGAUAUGGCAGCGUGGAUGAGGUCAUUCGUGAUAUCGAGUUGGCAGCAGCCGAGGUGGGCAUAACCAUCUCUGGCGACGAGGUUGACAUUGGUGAGAAGUGGGAGGAUGUUUUCGAGUUCAAGGACGGGAAGCUGGGUUUCAAAGUUAGAUCUGAUUAG